GACUCGGCCCCUCCUCCCGUCACGCGCAUGCGCUUCGAGUCUCCCAGCUCGUCAUGGCUGACACGGGCUGGCCAGGCUGUGCGAGGGGUUUGAAAGGUGUCGUGUUGGACAUGUGCGGCGUUUUGUACGACAGCGGAGGGGGCGACGGCAUCGCCGUCCCUGGUUCCAUCGAGGCCGUGGAAGCCCUCAAGGCGUCUGACCUGCAACUGCGCUUCUGCACCAACGAGACCCAGGCCACCAGGGAGAAGUUCGUAGCCAAGCUCCAAAGACUGGGCUUUGACAUCUCUGUGCCGGAGGUCUUCUCGCCUGCCCCUGCAGCCACGGCAGUCCUCAAGGAGAGGGGUCUGCGGCCUCACCUGCUGGUGUAUGAUGGAGUUCUCCCGGAGUUUGACAGUGUUGACAAGACCAACCCAAACUGCGUGGUCAUUGGAGAUGCGGCUGAAAAUUUCUCCUACGAGAACCUGAACGAGGCAUUCAGGGUCCUUAUAGGCCUGGAGAAGCCAGUGCUUUUUUCCCUCGGUAAAGGGAGGUACUACAAGGAGACAGAUGGUUUGAAACUAGAUGUCGGGGCAUACAUGAAAGCUCUGGAGUAUGCCUGUGAUUUAGAGGCUGAAGUCAUUGGAAAGCCAUCCACAGUGUUCUUCCAGAGUGUUCUCAAUGACAUGGGGCUUCAACCACAUGAGGUGAUGAUGAUUGGGGACGAUCUGGUGAAUGAUGUAGGUGGGGCCCAGCACUGUGGAAUGAAAGGUGUACAAGUCAGGACUGGCAAAUACAGGCCCAGUGAUGAGAGGCACCCAACGGUGACAGCCGACGGCACUGUGGACAACCUGGCCCAGGCUGUGAAUAUGAUCCUCAGUCAGAGGGGCCACUGAUUUCAAGGAAGUGGACACUCUCCACUUACUGUGACCCAGGGUGAUACAGGCUAGUGUCCAUAGUAUUUUCACAUAGCUCUGAGUGUUGUGUCUGAUGGGAAGGGUGUACCGCAUCACGGUAUUCCAACGAACGUCUCAAGACAGUACAAAACUAAAAUACCGCCUUAAUACCGUAACAGUCAGCACUCCUUCUACCGUCAAAUAUGGGGAAACGCCCACCCAUCUGCAUGUCCACACAGAGUGUACUAGAAGAGAAAUUUGCUGAAGUAUUGUCCAGGUCUGCAAAGAUAGUCUGGAACCCUUUAGAGACCCUAGAGAGAUUUGUCUGUACAUGACUGGCAUAGAUAAGAUACCUCAAUUUGAAAUAAAUGUGCCUGUAACCUGCUGCUGACUGACAGUUAAAAGGGAAA